AAGCGAACGGGAGAAAACAAUUAGGCAAUAAGACAAAACAAAGUAGAAUAAAAGCUGCGGCAGAUGCGCAUUUAAAGCCUAGCAAGUGGUUACAUAAUUUAAUCAGCAGCUCUUGCGUGCCAUGAAUUUCGCCGGCAAAGUCGUGCUAAUAACAGGCGCCAGUUCCGGAAUAGGCGCCGCCACGGCCGUUAAGUUCGCCAAAUACGGCGCUUGCCUGUCGCUUAACGGACGCAAUGUGGAAAAUCUCAACAAGGUGGCCGAGCAGUGUAAAGCAGCUGGUGCCGCGACAGCUCUGGUUGUGGGCGACAUCAGCAAGGAAGCGGAAACGGCGCGUGUGUGGAGCGAGACGCUAAAUCAAUACGGGAAACUGGAUGUGCUGGUCAACAAUGCGGGUAUCAUCGAGACGGGCAGCAUUGAGAACACCAGCCUGGAGCAGUACGAUCGUGUGAUGAACACCAAUUUGCGUGCGCUCUACCACCUGACUAUGCUGGCCACUCCGGAGCUGGUCAAGACCAAGGGAAACAUUGUCAACGUGUCCAGCGUGAAUGGCAUACGCUCAUUUCCCGGCGUGCUGGCCUACAACAUCUCAAAAAUGGGCGUGGAUCAGUUUACGCGCUGCGUGGCCCUCGAAUUGGCGGCCAAGGGCGUGCGUUCAAAUUGUGUUAAUCCCGGAGUUACGGUCACGAAUCUACACAAGCGCGGCGGCAUGGACGAGGCCACAUAUCAGAAGUUCCUGGAGCAUUCGAAAACCACACAUGCCUUGGGCCGACCCGGCACCACAGAGGAGGUGGCCAAUGCCAUUACGUUUCUGGCCAGCGAUUUGGCCAGCUUCACCACGGGCCUCAGCCUUGCUGUAGACGGCGGACGCCAUGCCAUGUGCCCACGUUAACCACAACCAAAUCUUACCAAAGAUAACUAUGUGCAUUUAUUUUGUGCCUUUUGAAAUAAAGAUGUGUUAUAUAUAGGAAAUG